AUGCAACGGGCCGCAGAUAACGCAGACUCCGCUAUGGAUGCAUCAGCGGCCGCCGGACCUCCGCCUCCUGUUGCAGCUACGUUCGCUGUGGCGCUGAAACCGCCGGACUUUUGGCUCCAUGACCCCCCGUCAUGGUUUGUACACGUGGAGACUCAGUUCGCCCUUCGCGGCAUCUCGGCUGACGACACGAAGUAUCACCAUGUGGUGGCCUCACUCGACCCGCUGGCCACCCGUCGCACGAUGGCGCUCCUCCGGGACCCACCCGCCCAAGGGAAAUACGCUGCCCUCAAAGAGCUGCUUCUUCGGCGCUAUGCCCUCUCCGACGCUGAACGAGCCGAAAAGCUCCUCAACCUGUCAGGCUUGGGUGGCGGUACCGCACUCGAGCUCAUGGAGAACAUGCUAUCGUUGCUCGGGCCGGAUGACGGUGGUUUCCUCUUCGCCCACCUCUUCCUCUGCCAACUACCGGCCACCGUGAGAGCUGUCCUCGCGAACUCUCCGCUUCUGCCUGCGAAGGAUUAUCGCUCCCUGGCUGAAGAAGCGGAUCGCAUUCUCCUGGCUAGCCGCACUUUCGACAUUCACGCCCUGGCUACGGACACGCCGGCGGCACCUUCCACGCCUCCACCUGCCUCCCCCGGAGCUUCCUUCCCUUUGCUGACGGCAGGGAUUGCUACACGCCGGCACCGUGGAAAGAGCAUCUGUUUCUACCACCCCGCGAAACUGUCCGUCGCUCGGGAAGAGUUUGCAGCCAUGGAGCGCCUUGGCAUUGUACAGCGUUCGCACAGUGCAUGGGCCUCUCUGCUUCACAUGGUGCCCAAAUCGGACGGUCGGUGGCGGCCAUGCGGAGAUUUCCGCCGUUUAAAUAAUGCCACGGAGAAUGACCGUUACCCAAUCCCCCACAUUCAGGAUUUUUCUGCCAAUCUCGCCGGAACGUCGAUUUUUUCUAAAAUUGACUUGGUGCGGGGGUAUCACCAGGUUCCCGUGCGCGCCGAAGACGUUCCUAAAACCGCUGUAAUUACCCCCUUCGGCUUGUUCGAGUUUUUGCGCAUGCCGUUUGGCCUGAAAGGUGCCGCCCAGACCUUUCAGCGGCUGAUGGUUUUGCGUGGGCUGCCAUUCGUUUUUGUUUAUCUAGACGAUAUAUUGGUGGCCAGCUGCUCAGCGAACCAGCACGAGUCCCAUCUGCGCCAGGUUUUCCAGCGUUUGGCAGCACAUGGCCUGAUCAUCAACCCUUCCAAGUGCCAGUUUGGGUUGCCUGUUCUGGAUUUCCUCGGGCACCGCAUUUCCGCUGAAGGUGUGGUUCUGUUGCCCGACAGAGUCCAGGCCGUUUCGGCUUUUCCGCGUCCCACGUCGGUUAAAGCGUUGCAGGAGUUCUUGGGGAUGAUAAAUUUUUACAACCGCUUUCUCCCCAGAGCUGCCCACCUGCUACAGCCACUCUAUGCUGCCUUAAAAGGUAAAACAGCCAAAGAUCCGGUUGACUGGCUGCCGGAACGCGUCCGUGCGUUUUCCGCAGCCAAGUCUGCGCUGACUGACGCCGCCCUGCUGGCCCACCCACUUCCGUCGGCGGAGAUCGCGUUGACCACCGAUGCCUCUGACGUGGCAGUGGGUGGGGUGUAGGAACAGCGGGUUUCAGGUCUCUGGCAACCGCUCGCCUUUUUCAGUCGUACGCUCCGGGAUGCUGAACGCAAGUACAGUGUUUUUGACAGGGAGUUCCUGGUCUCUGACCCAUGGAGUGCACGCCAGCAGCGCCAGUUGGUGGCCAUUUCAGAGUUUACCACAGACAUUCAGCAUGUGGCUGGUAAGUCCAAUCACGUUGCUGACUGUCUCUCACGUGUGUUGGUUUCUCCGGUGUAUGUCGGCAUCGACUACGCUGCCAUGGCCGCCGAGCAACGUGCUGACCCGGACGUCCUUGCCCUUCAGUCAACAAAAACGGGCCUUGCGCUGGAGGACAGCCCGGUGUGGGACGGCGGUCCACACCUUCUUUGCGACGUUUCCACCAGCCGCCCGGUGGUUCCCCUUUCGUGGCGUCGUCGUGUUUUUGACUCGGUGCAUGCCCUCUCUCAUCCCGGCGUCCGGGCCUCAGUCAAGCUGGUCAGCGCCAGGUUUGUUUGGCCGGGUCUUCGCAAGACGGUGAAAGAAUGGGCGGCGGUUUGUAUCCCAUGCCAACGCUCGAAAAUCCACCGGCACACACAGGCACCCCUCGAACCUUUCCGUGUCCCGGGUAGGCGUUUUCGUCACGUGGACCUGGUUGGUCCCUUGCUGCAGUCACAGGGUUUCACGCACCUUUUGACUGUGGUGGACCGCACAACCAGGUGGCCGGAGGUGGUACCCCUGGCGUCCACGACAGCGGCGACGGUGGCCAGGGCAUUUUUGUCAACGUGGGUUUCACAUUUCGGCCCCCCUGCUGACAUUACCUCGGACAGGGGCCCCCAGUUUGUUUCCGAGCUUUGGUCUGCUAUGGCUGACGGCCUGGGAGUCAAGGUCCACCGCACCACAGCAUACCACCCGCAAGCUAAUGGGAUGUGCAAACAGUUUCACCGGUCACUUAAGGCCGCGCUCCGGGCUUCCUUAACAAGUGGCGACUGGGUCGACCGUCUUCCGUGGGUUUUGCUGGGAUUGCGUAGCGCGGUUAAAGAAGACCUCGGGGUUUCCCCAGCUGAACUGGUGCUCGGCCAGCCUCUCCGGGUCCCCGGGGAAUUCUUACCUGAGAGCCCUCCCCCAUGUUUCGAUACCUCUUUGUUGCCUUUUCGCCCCCGAAGAGACUCAUUUCCUGUUCCUGGUCCUGUGCACCACUGCCUGCCUGACACUUUUGUUCCGAGUUCGUUGGACUCUGCUCGUUUCGUUUUCGUCAGGCACGAUGCCCAUAGGACUCUGCUGCGUCCACCAUAUGAGGGGCCAUACAAGGUUCUUAAACCAGGCAACAAACAUUUCAUUUUGGACUUUGGCGGUCGGCAGGAAGUUGUCUCUGUUGACAGACUUAAGCCUGCACGUGUUAUGCAAGAGGAUCAGGUGGUCCCGGCCCAGGCCCUCGCCGCGGCCGCCCACCUGCCACCGGGCUGA